UGCGUUAGGACUAGGAGAAGAAAGAAGUUAUGGCACCCAUAUUGUUAUCCGGCAUACAAGAGACCGAUUCUACACCGACAUUAAUGAGAUCCGAGCUGAAUUGCAGUACACCAUCAGGGACGGGGUGAUGACCAUCAGGAGCACCAACGUCCCGAAGGAGUUGGGCGGACAUGGCAUUGGGAAGCUACUGGCCAAGGCGGCACUGGACUACGCACUGCUCAACGGGCAAUUCAUUGUUAUCAAGUGCCGGUUUGUCCAGUACUACAUCGACAAAUAUGAGCCGCAAUACGCCGAGUACAUACUGAAAUAAGCAAUCCAACCCAGCGAUCCAAAAUUGUCAAAACAAGCAAACUUAAUGAAGAAAAAUAAAUCCCCUGCACAUACGUAUGUCUGCUUUCAGAUUGGUUAAUUUGCUGCAGUCCUUAAAAAAUCUCAUGAGAUUUAUUUUGAAUUGAUUUGGCUCCAUUUGUUUUUAGACG